CGCACCUUUGGAGCGUCAAACCGUCAUCGAGCAGAGACGCAGAGGAGGUUGUUCCUGGUUCUCGUCGGUGAAAACCUAACAGGUCGGCCAGCAUUAUGAGUCAGCGGACGGAGCGGCGGGGCAUACAUGUGGACCAAUCAGACCUGCUGUGCAAAAAGGGAUGCGGUUACUAUGGGAACGCAGCGUGGCAGGGCCUGUGCUCCAAGUGCUGGAGGGAGGAGUACCAGCGGGUGCGGCAGAAGCAGAUCCAGGACGACUGGGCCUUGGCAGAAAAGUAAGGCCAGCUGCUGCUGCUGCGUUUGGCGCCUCACUGAAACCUCCCAGAGGGGAAAAAAAACCUCUAAGCAUGCCGAGCGUCUCUAUAUCUGAACCGCUUAACUUUGCUCACACACUAAAACAGAACGCUGGUCGGUUCCCCUCUCAUCCCCUGACGCCCCUUAACCCGUUCUUGUUCUGCAGGUUGCAGAGAGAAGAGGAGGAGGCGUACGCCAGCAGUCAUUCGGUGCGGGACCCCCAGUCGGCUGCGGGACACGCCGCCCUCGCCCCCUUCUCCAAGUUCGAGGAGAAGAAAACCAACGAGAAGACUCGCAAAGUGACGACCGUUAAGAAGUUCUUCAGCCCCUCGUCGCGAACCUCUUCCAAGAAAGAAUCCCCGGAGGGAAAGACGCCAAGUCCGUCGAUCAGCCGCCACGCGAGCUUCGAUACGGACCAAGUGUCCAAGGACUUUGUGGAGUUCCUGAAGAACCUUCACAAACCCGGCCGAGAGAUCCACAAGCAGUGCCGGGCCUUCCUCAUGAACAUGUCGAGCAAGAAGGACCUGGGUGCCGAUGAGCUGUCGGAGUGUGUUCAGGAUUUCUACCAGAGCUUGGCGGACCGCCUGACGGGUCACUUUAAAGGCUCCUCGGAGUCGGUGGAGCAGGUGAUGGACCAGGUGGAGAAGUACAUCAUGACCCGUCUGUAUAAGAGCGUCUUCUGUCCAGAAACAACUGAUGAUGAGAAGAAGGACCUGGCCAUACAGCACAGAAUAAGGGCUUUGCACUGGGUGACCAUCCAGAUGCUGUGUGUGUCCAUGGACGAAGAAAUCCCCGAAGUCUCAGAGAAUGUGCUCAAAGCCAUAACAGAUGUCAUUGAGAUGGACUCUAAGAGGGUACCCCGGGACAAACUGGCCUGCAUCACCCGCUGCAGUAAACACAUCUUCAGCGCCAUCAGGAUCACUAAGAAUGAGCCCGCCUCCGCCGACGACUUUCUCCCUGCGCUCAUUUACAUCGUGCUCAAGGCGAACCCUCCCCGGCUUCAGUCCAACAUCCAAUACAUCACACGAUUCUGCAACCCCAGCAGGCUGAUGACCGGAGAGGACGGAUACUACUUCACCAACCUGUGCUGUGCAGUGGCCUUCAUCGAGAAGCUAGACGCUCAGUCCCUCAACCUUUCCCCGGAGGAGUUUGAGCGCUACAUGUCGGGUCAGGCUUCGCCCCGGUUCAGCAGCUCCGAGGGCGACUGGCCCGACGGCGCUCAGGGAGUCGGCGUGGCCGUCACCAACCCCGCCCUGGCCCAGCUCAACCACAACCUGGAGCUGCUGUCGGGUCUGUGCAGCCGCCAGGAGGCCGUGAUGGAGGCUGCUCAGAGCCUCCAGGCCGACCUGCUCUCCUGGUCUGAGAGUGUCCAGCGGGAGGUGCGCGACAUCCUGGAGAAAUAUCCUCUGGAGAUCAAGUCCUCCAAGGUGUCCGCCAUCGAUACCAACAACGUCGACAACGAAAACCUGCCGUCACCCAUCAAACCCCAGGUGUUUGCCGGUUAG